AUGGAUUUAUUCUCUUCAAACAGCUCCACCAUCGAAGACUGGAUCUUGUUACAACAUGAUCAUGAAGGGAAUGGACAGAAGGAAGAUGAUCAACAAGCCACUUGUUUCGAGAAGACUACAAGUGUGAAACAUGUUCUCCUUUCUCCAGUGCUCCAAAUUCAUGGAGCAGCUGCUACAUGCAAACCAAACGUACCAACCAUGACGAUACCCAUGUUACAGACACACCCUGCGAACCAUACGACGACACAUCAUGAUCUAAAGAAUCCUUAUCGAGAAGAUAUUUCAUCAUGUUUGAAUGAUCCGUUAAAGAUCUCAAACGAUGUGUUGUCGAAUGGUGCUCCCUCCUCACCACAACAACUUUCAACCUCGAAAGGAAACUUAUCAUUCCAUCCUAAAGAUCCAAUACAGUCAAAUAAUGUACACAACGAAUUUCACAACAACCGACUGAAAAAACGAACACGUUCAAUGACCACAAAGAAUUCACAAUGUGAAAAUUGUGGAACUCGCUCCACUCCAACAUGGCGAAAAAAUCCAUCGACUGGUCAAACAUUGUGUAACAAGUGUGGAUUGUAUGAAUUGAGAUAUGGAAUGAAUCGACCUGUCAAGGAAUAUCUCAAAUUAGGAAGAAGAAAAAGACAUGUGGCAACGGAAGCUGAGGGAUCAUCAUCCACAAGCAAUGUCUCAGCGUCAACUUCUGGAGACGAACUCCCUGAAUGUGAAUGUAAAAAGAUGAAACAGGACCAUAUAAUUUCAACUCAAUCCAACGAAAGUAAUUUGACAGAAACUCUAAAUCAUGAAGGACAAGUACAUCAUGGUUGGUCAUCAUUGAAUGUGUUAAAGGAUCGAUUGAAAGAAGCCUCUGAAAGAUAUCCAGACAUUAUUCAAACCUUAAUUUCAUUGAUUCGAAAACAUGUCUUGACUCAACCUCAAAUUCUUUCACAGAUUUUACAAACCUCUCAAAUUUCACAACAACCACAAUCAUCAGAUCAUGGAGAAUUAUCCGCCAAGGAAGAUGUAUCAUUUACAGAUAUGUUAAUAUUGGAAAAAAGUAAUGAAUAA